AUGUCUGAAGAAGUUAAAACUGUCAAACCAGUCAUUGAAGAUAGAGUCUACGUUGGUAAUGUUGACUACAAGGCUACUGAAGAUGAAUUGAGAGAAUUGUUCAAGGAUUUAAAUGUCACUGAAGUUGAAAUUCCUUUCAAGGAAAUCAUCAGAGGUGAAAGGUCUUUCAAGAGACGCUUGGGUUUUGCCUUUGUUCAAUUCGGUUCAAAGGAAGAUGCUGACAAGGCCGUUGCCGACUUCAAUGGCCACAAGUUUAAAAGAUUAAACAUCUUCCUUAAAAAGGCAGUCCCACCAGCCACUCCAGAAGAGAAAGAGGCCAAGAUUGAAGCUUACAGAGCUCAAAGAAAGGCUCAAGAGGAAAAGAAGGAAGCUGUGAAGAAGGAGAAAGCUGAGACCAAGGAUUCCAAUGGUGUUGUUUCUCCGCCUGAAGGUAAGAAGUCUGUCAAUACCAUUUUUGUCACAAACUUAGAUUUCAAGGUGAAUGCUAAAAUCUUGAAAAAGGAAUUUGCUGAAUUGAACCCAGUUUGGAUACACGUUCCAAGAAAUCGUGGAAGAUCUAAAGGUAUUGCUUUUGUGAGAUUUAAGGAUGAAGAAACCCAAAAGAAGGCAGUUGAGUUAUUUGACAAGAAGGAUAUCAAUGGUAGAGAAGUCACUGUUGAUAUUGCAGUUGAUACUAGAAAGGGAUCGGAGUAA